AUGUCUCACAGUGAGCCUAUUGAAAAGAACUGCGUCGGACCAGAUGCCGAGUACGUCAAACUCAUUUCCUCUGAUCAAAAGGAGUUUCUCGUGAAGAGAACACACGCCGAGACGUAUUCUAAGACAAUUAAACAAAUACUAAGCGGACCAACCAAUUGUUCUGAAGGCGAAACCAACCAGAUCGAGUUCAGCCAAAUUUCGUCCAAAGUGCUGGAGAUAAUUUGUAAUUACAUCGAGUACAAGGCGCAAUGCGAAAUCAUCAUGGAAAAAGGCGAAGAAAUUCCAGAGUUUGAUAUACCGCUUGAAGAAGCCACAGAUGUUAUGAUGGCUGCUAGUUUCCUUCAGUGUUGA